UUCUUCUACUUGCAAGCUAAGCUCAGCAUUGGCCAGAGAGAAGUAACAGUUCAGAAAGGACCACUGUUUAGAGCUGAAGGUUACCCAGUCAGCAUUGGCUGCAAUGUAACUGGCCACCAGGGACCUUCUGAGCAGCAUUUCCAGUGGUCUGUUUACCUGCCAACAAACCCGACCCAGGAAGUCCAGAUCAUUAGCACCAAGGAUGCUGCCUUCUCUUACGCAGUAUAUACGCAGCGGGUGCGAAGCGGAGACAUCUACGUGGAGAGGGUCCAGGGCAACUCAGUCUUGUUGCACAUCUCAAAGCUCCAGAUGAAGGAUGCUGGCGAGUAUGAGUGUCACACACCGAACACUGAUGAGAAAUACUAUGGGAGCUACAGUGCAAAGACUAAUCUAAUUGUUAUUCCAGAUACCCUCUCUGCCACCAUGAGUUCUCAGACUCUCAGUAAGGAGGAAGGUGAGCCAUUAGCCCUCACCUGUGAGGCAUCAAAAGCCACAGCCCAACAUACACACCUCUCUGUCACCUGGUACCUAACACAGGAUGGAGGAGGAAGCCAAGCCACCAAGAUUAUUUCUCUCUCCAAAGAUUUUAUAUUGGUCCCUGGGCCCUUGUAUACAGACCGGUUUGCAGCCAGUGACGUACGGCUCAACAAACUGGGGGCCACUACGUUCAGGCUGUCCAUAGAGAGGCUCCAAUCCUCAGAUCAGGGUCAGCUGUUCUGUGAAGCAAUGGAAUGGAUUCAGGAUCCAGAUGAAACCUGGAUAUUCAUCACUAAAAAGCAGACCGAUCAAACCACUCUGAGGAUCCAGCCAGCAGUGAAAGAUUUUCAAGUCAACAUUACAGCUGACAGCUUGUUUGCUGAAGGGAAAUCCUUAGAACUGGUUUGCCUGGUUGUAGGCAGUGGCCGUGACCCACAGCUUCAAGGCAUUUGGUUCUUCAAUGGGACUGAAAUUGCUCACAUUGAUGCUGGUGGAGUCCUGGGCCUGAAGAAUGACUACAAAGAGAGAGCAAGUCAAGGAGAGCUCCAGGUCUCAAAGUUAGGCCCCAAAGCUUUCUCUCUCAAGAUCUUCUCUCUGGGCCCAGAGGAUGAAGGCACCUACAGAUGUGUGGUAGCAGAGGUCAUGAGAACACACACAGCUUCCUGGCAGGUGCUUCAGAGAAAGCAGUCACCAGACAGCCACGUGCACCUGAGGAAGCCAGCAGCAAGAAGUGUGGUGGUGUCUAUCAAGAAUAAGCAGCAAGUUGUGUGGGAAGGAGAGACCCUCGCCCUUCUCUGUAAGGCUGGUGGAGCUGAAAGUCCCCUGUCUGUGAGCUGGUGGCACAUCCCACAGGACCAGACACAGCCCGAGUUUGUGGCUGGCAUGGGGCAGGACGGCACUGUACAGCUGGGUGCCUCCUAUGGGGGAUCCAGUUACCAUGGCAACACAAGGUUGGAGAAAGUGGACUGGGCCACCUUCCAGCUGGAGAUCACCUUCACUGCCAUCACAGACAGUGGCACAUAUGAGUGCAGAGUAUCUGAGAAGUCUCGGAACCAGGCCAGAGAUCUGAGCUGGACUCAGAAGAUUUCGGUUACUGUAAAGUCUCUGGAGUCAAGUUUACAAGUUAGUCUGAUGAGCCGUCAGCCACAAGUGAUGUUAACCAACACCUUUGACCUGUCCUGCGUCUUGGGGACUGGUUACUCUGACCUCAAGGUGCCACUCACUGUGACGUGGCAGUUCCGGCCAGCUAGCUCUCACGUCUUCCACCAGCUUAUUCGAAUCACCCACAAUGGCACUAUUGAAUGGGGGAAUUUCCUAUCCCAGUUCCAAAAGAAGACGAAAGUUUCACAGUCUUUAUUUCGUUCACAACUCCUAGUCCAUGAUGCCACUGAGGAAGAGACAGGAGUGUAUCAGUGUAAAGUAGAAGUUUAUGACAGAAAUUCCCUAUACAACAACCACCCUCCGAGGGCUUCUGCCAGCUCUCACCCAUUGAGAAUAGCAGUCACUUUACCAGAUAGCAAGCUAAAAGUGAAUUCAAGGAGUCAAGUCCAAGAGCUCUCCAUCAACUCCAACACUGAUAUAGAAUGUAGCAUCUUGUCCCGGUCCAGUGGAAACCUUCAGUUAGCCAUUAGUUGGUAUUUUUCUCCUAUUUCCACUAAUGCCUCCUGGC